AUGACUUGUGCGGAGCCACCUCCGAGUCGACGGGGCUUGUCUCGAAGGUUGCAAGAUGAUGUGAGUUGGGUCGGACCCGCGAUGGUUGCUGCAAUUGAGAGGAAGGAUGGCAGCAUCAAACGUGUCUGGAUUCGCUACAGGAACAAACUCAAGGGCUUGCCGCUUGAAUUUGUCAGACUUGCAGUCGCUGAUGAGAUCGAAGCCCAGAACAUCGCAACCGAGGCCUUUGAGGACAUUGAGAAGGAGCUGACCGAAGGACGCCCCAAGGCGGUGAUUACGCCCGAACUUCCCCAGGUGAAGGACCAGAACUAUCCCAUCAUGGAGUUCUCGGACGAUGAGGAACCGCGAUAUGUGGAUGAUGGGGGGCGAGCGGCAUCAACCUUGGACGACGUGCCCAUGUCUCUGCACAAGAAGGAGGCCGAGGAUGAUCCGGCAUUUACGGCUAGUGCUAGCGCGGCAGCUCGAGCAUCGUCAUCGGCAAUGGAACCAAUGAGGACCACACCUUCACGGUCCGAUCGAAAGAAGAAGGCCGAUAGCAACCCCAAGGGCGCCAAAAUGCCUCGGACAGCUAUGGUGGUGGAAGGAGUGAGGCCCGUCCUGGAGUCGUAUGUGGUACUUCCCCUGCAGUCACCAUUGGAGACGGUGUGGCAUGACGAUGACGACAUGGCGCUGAUCAACUUGGCCGCCGAUGAGAUGGAAGCGCGACCUGACUUUCCAAGUCCAUGGCUUCCGGCGCCGGGCAAUGUGGAGUUGAUGCCUCCUCGACAUUUUGUGGGGUUUCAAGAGCCGUUUGAUGAUGUACCGGCUCAUGAGGUCAAGUAUACCCGAGGUACAUGGAAGCAACCAUGUCCGAACACUCCGGUGCCACACGUACAUGUACCUCGGCAUGUCGAUCGACUACCUCAAAUGCCACCGGCUAUGACCCAACCGAUGACUGAGGCUCAGAUGCGGGCUUUGGAACGAGCGAGAUCGGAGUGGCCAGACCAAGACCUGUGGAUUUAUGAUGUGGAGAUCGAACAACUCUGGCGGGUCCAUCAAUGUCCCCGCGAAAAGCUCUUUGUUCCACACGAACCGACUUGGCCGUCUUCGAUCCAGCUCUCGCACUUUGUGGGCCCGCGGGUCACUUGGCUCUACUUCGACGACGACCACGAGGUGGUGGUGGUGGACAACUUUCGCUGGCAGGGCUGCAAUCCUGAGCUGCGAACGGGAGAUGGGCGCAAAUGGCGCGGCUUCACCAGAUUCUGGGUCAGGCGUCCUCCGGAGAUUUCGGACUUGAACAUGUGGCUCAGCACGAGGGCAUUGGCCGAAGAACUUUGGCGUGCUGCCCAGCAGCUGAUGAGCCUCUACUUCCGGGACAAGGAGGAGUACAAGGCGGAUUGGAAUGAAGUCUUCAUGAUCCAGACGGAGGUGGCCGAGAUGGUGGGGAAGUUGCCUGUGAUGAAGAGGAUGAUCAAGCCCAAGAAGAUGACGCCGCACCAGUGCUACCUCGAGACACAAGCGGAUGUUCGAUUGGAGCUGAAAUGGAAUAGCUUGUCUCAUGCUUGGAAGAGAGCUUUUGAAGAGCCCAUCAAGGACGCGUUGGACGUGUACUUCAAGUACGAAGCGGUUGCUCCGGUCUCCAUGGAUGAAGAUGUCGACACCAGCAAUAUCCUCCCCUCCAGGUUCGUCUUGGUGAACAAGUCGGACCCGAGGAAUGUCAGCCCCUUGGAUGAACACUUGGAGGACGCAAGAUUGAAGGCGAGAUGGGUGGUGUCAGGACAUCGAGAUAAAGAGGCUGGUAUGUGGGAGACGGAAGCUCCCACCGCAUCCUUGGUGGCACACAACCUCCUUUGUUUCUUUGCUGCUCAAUUUGGAUGGACCAUAUUUUUUGGUGACAUCACGGCGGCUUUCUUGCAGGGAGAAAACCUCCAUCCAGAUCGUAAAGUGCUGGUCUCCUUGCCACGAGGGUAUCCGGAUUUCGUGCAGGAAUUUUUGACUUCGAAAUUGCCGCCUGGUUCACGCCCAGAUCUGGUCCGUUUUACUAAAGGGAGCUUUGGGUUAGCUGAAUCACCACGCCUUUGGCUCCAAAAGUUGCAGAAGACCUUGAUCAGGUUGGGGGCCAAAGAAUGGUUGCUGAUUCCCGGUGUCUUUUCAGUCUUCGUUCAAGGGGAGAUUGUGGCGAUGAUUGCUUGCCAUGUGGACGACAUCAGGAUGGUGGGCCAUCCUGAGAAGGCCAAACCUGUCUGGGAAGCCAUCAAAGCCGAGUUCACCUUCGGGGAAUGGAGACAUGUGGUGGGCCAUUGGGCCAAGUUCUGUGGGCGAUAUGAGAGGCAACUCCCUGACGGGACGAUAGAGGUGCAGAUGGACGAGUACUGUGAGAAGCUUCAAUUUCCUCCGAAGAGAUCUUGGGGCAACAUGGUUGAGAAGGAUGGCACUGAGCUCACGCUGAAUGAGAAGAAAUGGGUUCGGCACGUCUGGGGACAGCUUUCUUGGCUUGCGAGACAAUGCCGAGGAGAUCUGCUGUUUGGGGUCUCGAGGGUUCAACAACUUGCUGGAGUAGGAGACCCCGCUGCCUUGGACGAGCUCUAUGUUUUGAUGGAGAGGGCCAAGGACUUGAAGACCAUGUCAAGCUUGGCCGCGGAGAUCAGCCAAGCGGCCGAAGCUCUGGAUCAAGCCGACUUUCUCCGCGCGGUCAUGGCGGAAGCGCUGUACGUCGGCUUCGACUUGGACCAGUGGUUGCUGCAUGUUGCCCACUGGCGUUUGGUCACGGUGCUUGACAGCCGCACGGGGUACGACCUCGUGAACGGGUCAGGACAUGGUGAGGAUCGUCAUCUAGCAAUAGACAUAGCGGCGAUGAAACAAAUUCUGAUCGAGGAUGGCGGAAACCGCCUGGUGAGGUGGGUGCCUGGCAACGACCACAUCGCCGACGACCUGACCAAACUGAUGGACAAUGGUAGGCUGAUGGUGUCGAUCUCGGACAACACCUGGUCCCUGAGAGACACCGCUGAAGCGAAAGCGCUUCGGGAAGACGCGGCCGCGAGAAAGCGCCGUUACCGGCAGAGGAUCGCGCAAGGGCGCAAGGCCGCGGAGCAUUUGCGCCAAAGGGCGUAA